AUGGACAACAAAACAAAGCUUGAGGAGCUUUUGCAUCAGCGGACAGAACUUUUGAGCAAAAUAAAGGAACAGGAUGCUUUUUUAAUGGAGCUAAAUGCUUUCAAACGCACAUUUGUUAAGGCCCUAGUCAAAGAGGACCUAUACGUAGGACUUCCAUUGUCCAAUUACGAACAAACUACAAAUUUUGAGGCGGUCAGAAUUGAAGAUGAGUAUCCUUUAUACAUAUUAAACAUUGGCGAAGUGCAUAAUAUCAAACAAAGUGUCAUCCCUCAGAAGUACACUGUUCCUGUUAACUUUAGAGCCUUGAGAUAUUAUAAAAAGAGUAAAAUUAACAAAAAGACCAGGGAUUUCACUUGGUACACUACAACAAUCUUAAAUAAGAAUGAAGAAGCUUACUUUAUUAUCCGAGAUGAUGAGAACAAUUCAUGGAAAGGAUGUGAUAUUUUCGACCAAUUUUGCCAAUCGUUUGACCAUAGACUCGCAUUCAACAGCAUUGAAGAGUGGCUUGGUCUUGAUAAAGACGAGGUUCAGGCAAUGGCUUGUAAUUUGAACAAUCAGAAUGCAUUUUUGAAAACCAAGGAGAAGGAAGGUACACUUGAUGAGUAUUUUGUAUCCAAGUGA